AUGGCGAGGGGCCCGGUCCUCCGUCUGCGCGCCCUCCGCGUCUGCCUCGCCCUGGUCCAGCUAUUCAGCCCCUGCUCAGCUCAGUUUGCUGUGGUUGGACCCCCUGAGCCCAUCCUGGUCAAGGUGGGUGAGGACGCCGAGCUGCCCUGUCACCUGUCCCCGAGGAUGAGCGCGGAGACCAUGGAUUUGAUAUGGAUGCGACCCAGCCCCGAGCAGGUGGUGCACACGUAUGUCGGUGGGCAGGAAGACACGCCGGCCGCAGAGUAUCAAGGGAGGACUUCGAUGCUGAGAGAGAACAUCACCGCGGGGAAGGCUGUUCUCCGGAUUCGCGAGGUCAGAGCCUCUGACAAUGGAACCUACCUGUGUUAUUUCCAAGAUGGCGAUUUCUUUGAAAAUGCCCAGGUGGAGCUGCAGGUGGCAGGCCUCUUCCAGAACGCGCAGCUCUGGCCCGUGGCCCUGGUGGGGGCCCUGUCCGUUCUCCUGGCGGGGACGGUCUUGCUGUGGCAACGGCGGAAAAAGAACAAGCGUUGUCCCAGGAGAAGGAGCGAGAGCCAGCAGAAAGAAGCCGCUGAGGCGGAGACGCAGCGGGAGCGAGGCGCCAAAGGUGGGGUGCAGUCUCAGGCCUACGCAGAGUGGAAGACGGCCCUCUUCCAGCCUGCGGACGUGUUUCUGGAUCCAGACACUGCGCACCCCACACUCCUUGUUUCUGAGGACAAGAGGAGCCUGCAGCGGGCAGAGAAAAGGCAGAGCCAACAAGACUACCCUCAGAGGUUUGAAAGGCAAUAUUGUGUGCUAGGCUCUGAGAGCUUCACGUCAGGGAGACAUUUCUGGGAGGUGGAGGUUGGGGAAAGAAAAAAGUCUGUGGGGGUGUGUACACAGGACAACGUGGAGCAGAAGACCGGGUUAAAAUGUACCCCCGAGAACGGGUUCUGGACAGUGGGGAGAUAUCGUGGGAAUUACUACCGGGCUCUCACAUACCCCCGGAGCAAACUACCAGUUGUCUGCUGUCCCAAGAGAGUGGGCGUUUUCCUGGACUAUGAGGCGGGGCAGGUGUCAUUCUACAACGCCCUCGACGGGUCACACAUCUUCACCUUCCCGCACACCCCCUUCUCUGGGCCUCUGAGGCCUGUUUUCCAGGUACAGCUGAGGGCACCCCCUGACCAUCUGCCCAGCGCAGAGAGCAGUGGGGACACCCCUGUCCCAGGGCCUGACCCUUCCCCGGAGACCCGGUCCCUGGGCUCGGCUGAUGGGAAUGGGGACCCUCAGGCGGAAAUAACAUCUUUGCUUCUCGCUGCCCAGCCUGGAGCAGAGGGCCUGCUGAACAGCAAAACGUCCCAGCAAGAAAAUGCUUUCUAAAAACACACUGAGUGAAGCACUUCACCUGUAUUCAUUCAGUUUUUCCACAUGGCGAUAAGGAGAUGAGGGUGCAGGAAGGGAAUUCACUUUUGAAAUGUGAUUCGGCUGCUUUGAACGACCAUAGCGGACGUUUAUAGAUAAAUUCAAAUGUACCUGGGGCCGCGUUGACUGCCGCAGGGGACUGUCACUCACUGUCCCUCACGACGUCCCCAAGAGGCAGCCUCGUUUAGAAAGUGUGGAGACCGAGGCAGGGCCCCGGUCCUUGCCGUCUGCGAGGCCCACGGAUUCCGUGCGGCUGGGAGAGGCUCGCCCUCUGCCCCUCCCUCUGCCCCUUGGCAGCCGGUUGUUCCUGUCGGGCAGGGUCAUGGGCCCCCUGGGUUCCCUUCCCAGGGCUCCAGGGGUGAAGGCCACCGCGGGCGACGGUGAAGGCCGCCCCCACGCGCAUCCUCGGGGUCACCUGUCAGGGCCGUGGUCCCCGCUUCACUGACGGGCUCCGCAGGGCGACGUGGUGCAGAGGGUGAAUCACAGCGACCGCGCCUCCCAGGGCCGAGGACG